AUGAAUUCCCUAGCAGCUCUACUUUCGGAAUCAUUCUCAUUGAAUGAUCCUGUAACUUCGGAGGGUGAAUAUGUCAGCCCCCAUGUGACAGCGUUUGCGACGGAUGAAGACGACAACAGCCGGCGAGUUGCAGGUUUCGCCUCCGUACCUAACACCAACUGGGUGAGGUACCACGCACUGCAGCCUGCGAUGCAGGAUUUACAAUAUACCGGCUCGAGUUCUCUUGCAAUGGCCCCACUAGACUCCUGUCCUGACUCCUUUUCGCCCACACCUGGUCCUAUACUCCCUCAUAUCUCUCGGCUACAGCAUCCCUUUGAUAGGGUGAUACACUGUCAGCGAGUGACGGCUCUUCAACCGCCUACCGGCAUGCCAACAGGUAUGCAAAGCUCAGGACAUGGUUUGAACUCCACUCCAGCUCUUAUGGAGCGCAAUAAUGCCCAUGGAUCGUAUGCUUUACAGCGUGGAAUUGGAGAUAUGGGCUUGCCACUUGCGGAAAUGGGCGAUGUUUCGCGAAACCAUGGACGUUUGGGCACCCCCCACGCAUUAGACGGAAACCUGGAUCGAGCCCAGAGUGCUUUGUAUCAACGGCCGAUUGUGGAAUCCUCGCAACGCUCACAGCCACAGGUUGAAGCUCCACCUUUUGACGACACGACUUAUCUUGAAACGAUUGUUGCAGAGUUUGGUGGACAGUAUCAAACAGUGAAACCGGACGUCCAAGCAAAAUUGGGCCGAGGAUUCUUCCCAUCGGACAGUAAAUGGACUUGCUACCGACGCAACUACUUUGCUGUCACCUGCGGCUUUGGUCUUCAUCCCUGGCCGCCAAAUUCUGCUCUCUACAUCCGCUAUCAUGAUCAAACUCUUGAGCCAAUACGUGGCUUUGCGAUGGCCAUUUCAGCAAUUGCCAAUGGCCAAUGCAGUGAAGCACGAGAACUGGUUCAGCACACCCCAAAGCGCGACAAACAGUCCGAACGCAAGCCAUGCCGUGUCGUUCUUCAACCUUCGCCUCCGCCUUCAUUCACAUCAACCUCGACAGUAAAUGCAAUCUUGUCGGGUUUUCCUCUCGGCUCGCAAUCUAUGGACUACAGCUCUUCAUCCACAGGAGCAUCUCACCCAUGCCAGCCCCCAACGUCCCACACGUUCAAGCGUAUUCAAUUCCAAAAGGCAACCACCAACAAUGGCAAGCGCCGUGCCCAGCAACAAUAUCAUAAUCUGGUCGUUGAGCUCUACGCCGAGAUUGCUAGCUCGGUUCCCGGUAAAACUCAGUGGGUACAGAUCGCCCGUCGCCACUCUCACCCCAUGGUUGUCCGCGGACGCUCGCCUGGCCACUACAGUCACGGACGCCGAGGCAGCACUGGCAGCAUGGGUCCGGAUGGUACUGGCAGCGAUAGCAACGGAGGUGUUGUUUCCCAUAUAACCGUGAAUGACCGUUCCCCACUCAGCGACAGCCCUCUCACCUCUUCCUCAUCUUCUGGGUUCGAAUAUUCAAUGGUUGAUACUAUGGACCCUAUGGAUACCAUCAAGUCUGAUCCUUACCUCAAGGCCGACCCUUACCUCAAAUCAAACCCCUGUGAGGAUAUAGCCUAUUCAGGGGUCCCUGGCCACCAGCAUUGCCAGUCUAGUACUGGUGGAUAUGACCUUGUUUACUCAAUGACUUAUAGCUAUUACUAUCCCAUCCACAACUCGCAUAUUCUAUGCACUUAG